GCGGCGCGGCGGGAGCAGCGGCGGCAGGAGCGCGCGAGCGGGCCAUGGGCAAGUCAGCUUCCAAGCAGUUUAAUGACGAGGUCCUGAAGGCCCACAACGAGUACCGGCGGCAGCAUGGCGUGCCCCCGCUGAAGCUCUGCAAGAAGCUCAACCGGGAGGCGCAGCAGUAUUCGGAGGCCCUGGCCAGCACGAGGAUCCUCAAGCACAGCCCGGAGUCCAGCCGGGGCCAGUGUGGAGAGAACCUGGCAUGGGCAUCCUAUGAUCAGACAGGAAAGGAGGUCGCUGAUAGAUGGUACAGUGAAAUCAAGAACUACAACUUCCAGCAGCCUGGCUUCACCUCCGGGACUGGACACUUCACAGCCAUGGUGUGGAAGAAUACAAAGAAGAUGGGAGUGGGGAAGGCAUCUGCCAGUGACGGGUCCUCCUUCGUGGUUGCCAGAUACUUCCCAGCAGGGAAUGUUGUCAACCAGGGCUUCUUCGAAGAAAAUGUCCUGCCUCCAAAGAAGUAAUUUGUCAAAUGUAAUGGGACGGUAGCAAACUUAAGAACAUAGAUAUGAAGUGCCUAGAACAACAAAAACUCAGCUGUGUGCCUGUCCCUGUGGGGGUGUGUGCUUGUGUGUGUGAUGCGUGUGUCUCUUGCACACAUGCUUGGAUAUACAGUUCUGCAUGAACUCACUCUUAUCAAAGGAAUAAGCAUAUGAAGGCUUUACCCUAAUGGUUACCUACACCAGAAUUAUUUGGACUUUGGGGGUAAAAAUCAAUUUUUAAACGUUUUUUGUUAUUUUCUAAGCAAACUUCUUUUAUACCUUUCUUACUUAUAAUACCCAUCCUUGGGCCUUUUGUAUUCCACAUGUUUGUGAUGCUAAGAAGUGAAGUUCAUUCUAUGUGAUCUUCGUGCAUUGUAAUCUACUUUUGGUAGAUAUUUAAAAAAAUCAAACUCUCAUUUAAAUGUGACACAAAAUACGGCUUUAAACAUGUAAAUAUAAAGGCAAUUUCUGUCAGAAACAUGGGGCAGGCAGGGGCUCUAUUUCACAGAAUGAUUGAGAUUUCUCAGUUGUGAGACCUGAUGUCAUCUGCAUGCCUCCUGGAAUUCUCUAAUGGGAUUGCCAAAGAACAGAUGGAGAAAAAAGCGUUACUUCCUCGCAUUUUUCUGCCUUUAAAUAGCAAAGUACCACCGCCACCCCUUGCCCCCCACCCUUUUGUCUGAAACUCCUCUGGCAUUCGAGAGUUCAGCAUGCCCCCCUGGUUUCUGAGGAGCUGGGCUAGGCCAGAAAUACACGCCUCCCCCUCCUCUUCUAGGUGGCCCGGGGCCUGUUCUGGGAGGGAGCCCCUUACACGCCUGGGCUCUUGGCCAAGCAGCCUUGGACAGAUGAAGUCAGAGAGCGUAGGAGGGAGGGUGAGCUCACUCUGGGCCCCAGAGGAAGCCCUCCAGCUUCAGCCCUCCCCCCUGCACACAGGGCGGGAGCCCAGGCCUGGCCCUGGCAGCUGUGGCUGCAGCUGUGCUGCUGCUCUUCCCUGGGUGUGUGACAGGCCCAAAUGUUCCAGGGAGACACCCCAUGUGGGGGCUUAGAGUCACUAAUUUAGUUCUGUGUUUUGCCUCAAACUGCACAGAGUUCCCCUGAAUAACAAUUUCACAUGGUCCUUGUGGGAGGGACCAACCCAGAUACCAAGUGGAGUGUCCCUGAAACUAUGGCGUGUCCCGGUGGGAAGGCAGCGGGGUCGGGAGUUAGGGGGUUGCCAGCUUAAAACAGGAGUCUGAGCGGCCAGUCUUUGAGAGAUGCUUCCUGAAGGUGGAUGUUGCACUGUGAACACAGUCGCCUGCUGUGCCCUUCAUUUCACCCAGGGAUAUUGACUAAAACCACAAUAAAAUCUUUCUUUUCUGUGA